GCCGCCCGUGCUCCGCGAAGAACGCCAGACACGGCCAGCGGCGGGAAGCACGCACGUCGCCUUGGCAACGGAGUCCGGAAGCAUCAUCGAGACGCGCCCCACGGUGCAGAGCGGCCCCCCCCCCCCCCCACAGGCGAGACGCGGAGGCUAGAGAGGCGCGUCGGGCCGAUUGUCACGUGCCCGGCCGCGCGAGGGCGGGACUUCCGGAGAUCAAAGCUGACAUCAAGUUCAAGAGCGCAGGGCCCGGUCAGAAACUCACAGACUCCGUGGGAGAGAAGGCCCCCAAAGAAAAGUCCCAACAACCAGCCCUCCGGCAGCCCCGCCAGGGACCUACUGAUGAAGCACAGAUGGCAGCUGCGGCAGCCCUGGCGCGACUGGAGCAGAAGCAGCCCAGGUCCCGGGGUCCCACGUCACAGGAUUCCAUCAGGAACCAGGUGAGAAAGGAGCUCCAAGCCGAGGCAACCAGCAGCAGCAGCAGCCCGGAUGCUUCUGGGACCAAGACGGUGCCUGAGGCCAAAGAGGAAGGCUCAGGCCCCUUGGCGGUGACCGGUGUGUACUUCACCUGUCCACUCACGGGGGCCACCCUGAGGAGGGACCAGCGGGACACUGGCAUCAAAGAGGCCAUUAUGUCGCACUUCACCAAGGACCCUGUGGCUGCCUCCAUCAUGAAGAUACACACAUUCAACAGAGACCGCGACCGGGUGAAGCUGGGUGUGGACACCAUCGCCAAGUACUUGGACAACAUCCAUCUGCACCCUGAGGAAGAAAAGUACCGGAAGAUCAAGCUGCAGAACAAGGUGUUCCAGGAGCGCAUCAACUGCCUGGAGGGGACACACGAGUUCCUGGAGGCCAUCGGGUUCCAGCGGGUGUUGCUGCCCGUCCCAGACCAGGAGGCCCCGGAGGAGUUCUACGUGCUGAGCGAGGCGGCGCUGGCGCAGCCCGAGAGCCUGGAGCGCCUCAAGGAGCGGCUGGUGGGCGCAGAGCCGGUGCGGGCGCAGCUGGACCGCCAGCGCCGCGUCUUCCGGCCCUCGGCCCGGGCCGCGCAGUUCGACCUCCCCACAGACUUCUUCAACCUCUCCAUUGAGGAGCUCAAGCGCGAGCAGAGGCUCAGGUCGGAGGCGGUGGAACGGCUGAGCGUGCUGCGGACUAAGGCCAUGCGGGAGAAGGAGGAGCAGCGGGAGCUGCGCAAGUACACCUACACGCUGCUGCGCGUGCGCCUGCCUGACGGCUGCCUCCUGCAGGGCACCUUCUAUGCCCGGGAGCGGAUGUCGGCGCUGUACCAGUUCGUGCGCGAGUCCUUGCAGAGCGACUGGCUGCCCUUUGAGCUGGUGGCAUCCGGAGGGCACAAGUUGGUGGAAGGCGAGAACCUGGCCUUCAAUGAGUGCGGGCUGGUGCCCUCUGCCCUCCUGACUUUCUCCUGGGAUGCCGCUGUGCUGGAGGACAUCAGGGCUGCAGGGACUGAGCUGGACUCCUUGGUGUUGAAACCGGAGCUCCUGGAGGCCAUGGAGAAACUCUCCUGAAAUAAAAGCAGGGUUGGCUCGGCCUGCGGCUCUGUCUCAUGCUCUCCCCAUCCCUGCCCCUCCCUGGAGCUGCCCUGCUGCCUCGCUCCAGAUCCCCUGGCCAUAGGAGGGUGCUGGUGGUCCGUCCCAGAGACUCUGUCCCAGGGGUGCCCUGGACAUGCACCGGAGCUCACUAGGGACAUCACUGUGUCCAAGCCCAGCCGCUGCCCUGUGGAGCCUAGGGUACACAGAGGUGGGCCUUGUGGAUCUUCAGCUUGAGGACAGGGCCCACAAGCUGUGGACAGAAGCAGCACCUAAGAUGUGUAAUUUCUAAAUUAUGAACAUAAAUAAAAUAGGAUAUUUAAAUAUA